AUGUAUCUUAGAAAGAAGACAACAUCUUUGUCAUCAGUGAAGUUUGGGGCAGAGAUUAGAGAAAAAGAGUUCUACUUAGAUAGCGAUAUUGUGCAUUGUAACCAUGGUUCAUAUGGCACUGUGCCAAGAAGAGUUUUGGCAGUAAAGCAAAGAUUUGAGGUUGAUGCAGAGAAGUGUCCAGACGCCUUCAUUCUAAACCAUACUUCAGUACACUACAAUGCAGCAAGGGCAGCAGUGGCACAAUUCGUUGGCUCUAAUAAGGAGAAUAUAGUGUUUGUAGAGAACGUCACUACCGCCAUCAAUGCUGUAUUAAAGCGCAUUCAGCUGGUUGCAGGUGAUAGUAUACUAAUAACUAACCUAACAUAUCCAAGCACAACGUAUACGGCUAAUGAUGUGUGUCAAGUACAAAAUGGAAUCAAUAUUGUGAUCUUGGAAAUCGAAUUUCCCAUCAACAGCGAAUUUGAAAUAAUUGAGCAGUAUAAAGAAAUACUGUCUGCCAAUCCAUCCAUCAGAAUCGCGAUAAUUGACCAUAUUACUAGUUCUACAGCUUUGGUUUUACCAGUCAAGAAUUUAAUUGAACUGUGCCAUCAACACAGUGUUCAGGUAUUAGUAGAUGGAGCUCACGCACCAGGCCAGAUACAACUCAACCUUGAACAGCUUGCCGCUGAUUAUUACACAGGUAGUUUAUAUAAGUGGGUGUUUUCAGCAAGAGGUUGCGCCUUUCUGUGGGUUCAUCCACGUCACCAGAAUAGAAUCAAACCAUUGGUAACAUCGCAUAAUUACAAAAUGGAUUUUCAGAAAGUUUUCUACAUACAAGGAGCACGGGAUGACUCCACUUAUCUGUCAGCUGCAUCGGCAAUUCAAUUUUAUAAAGAAAUUGGAGGAUUG